UUUCCCAUAAAUAUGUCAAUGAUUGUCAAAGGUGUUCGCUAAUUUGCUAAAAAUUAAUUUAAAAACAAUAUGUUCCCCCAAGCGAAUAUUCUUUUUAAAUAUUAACUGGAGACACAUUAAAUUCACUAUGAAGUUAGUUUUUCGAAAUAUCGAAAAAGAUGGCAGUGGGAAUAUCGCUCUGGUACCUGAGGAAUCUGAAGAUAUGUGGCAUGCAUUCAAUUUAAUUGCUGAAGGUGAUGCUGUAACAGCAUCCACCGUUCGUAAAGUUCAAAAUGAAUCCUCGACAGGUUCUUCCACCAGCAGUAGAGUGAGAACAACGCUCACAAUUUCUGUAGAAAAUAUAGACUUCGAUACACAAGCUUGUGUUUUACGCCUUAAAGGACGAAAUAUUGUUGAAAACCAAUAUGUCAAGAUGGGGGCCUAUCAUACAUUAGACUUAGAGCUAAAUAGAAAAUUCAUACUACAAAAGACAUUAUGGGAUUCUGUGGCUUUGGAAAGAGUAGAUAUGGCAUGUGAUCCCGCAGCAUCUGCUGAUGUAGCUGCCGUUGUAAUGCAGGAAGGCCUAGCACAUGUCUGUCUCAUAACACCAUCUAUGACAUUAGUGAGGUCUAAGAUUGAUAUGACUAUCCCUCGGAAACGUAAAGGUUUUGUGCAACAACAUGAAAAGGGUUUGGCAAAAUUUUAUGAAGCAGUAAUGCAAGGGAUUCUCAGGCAUAUUGACUUUAGUGUAGUCAAAUGCAUAAUAUUGGCAUCACCUGGAUUUGUAAAGGACCAAUUUUUUGAUUACAUGAUACAACAGGCUGUUAAAACGGACAACAAGUUACUUAUAGACAACAAAUCCAAAUUUCUACUUGUUAAAGCUUCUUCUGGCUUCAAACACUCAUUGAAAGAAGUUCUGCAGGAACCGUCUGUGAUGGUGAAGAUAUCAGACACAAAGGCAGCCAGUGAAGUUAAACUGUUAGAGGGUUUUUAUCUUAUGCUACAGAUGGAACCUUCGAAAGCAUUUUAUGGAAAGAAGGAUGUUAUGAGAGCAAAUGAGGCAAUGGCAAUCGAGACGUUAAUGAUAUCUGAUAAGUUAUUUAGAUGUCAAGAUGUCCAGAAAAGAAAAGAGUAUGUUGAACUUGUUGACUCAGCACGGGAUAAUGGUGCUGAUGUAAGGAUAUUCUCGAGCAUGCAUGUUUCUGGGGAACAAUUAGACCAACUAACUGGAGUGGCAGCGAUCUUACGUUUUCCCAUGCCGGAGUUAGAAGAGAGUGAAGGAGAAAAUAAUAGUGACUCAGAUUCUGAUUAACACCUUUCUUUAUAUUGAUGUUGAUAAUAUAAUUAUUGUCAAACUUGUUAAAUAAAGAAAUAUCGAAGUAUGUAUAUGAUGUAAUAUAAUGUACAAACGAAUUAUUUAAUUGUUAUUUAAUAAGAUAUUUUAAAUAUAAAACA